AUGUCUUUUUGUUCGAACAAACAUGGAAGGAAUGGUAUCGAUUCAGUGAAAGAACUAUUCAGAUUCUCUCAUAGCAGUCCUUCGUUUCAAAUGACUAGGAAGGAAGGACCAAAUGUUCCCAAAGGAUCAUUUGAACUUAAUCGUGCUUUCUUGCCUGCCAAUCUUAGUGAAGUUGUGGAGUCUGAACCUACUGAGGCUGGAAAGAUGUACACUACUGCUGCUUCUUCUAAAUUUUUUGCAGAUGUGGAUCCAGAGGUCAAGUUUGAGAAAAACGCUCCCAAAGAGAAACUAAAAGGGAAGUUUUUGGGAAAUGCAGUGGCAGCAAGUUUGGUGAUGAUGAGAUGA